GGACCCUACCUUGAAUUCCACAAAGGGCAAUCCGGGAAUGAUGAAACUGAGGGAUGCAAAGCACCGCUUCGAUGAUGGCUACAUAUAGCGCCUAUUAUGUGUACUACAUAUUAUCCGUGUUCUCCAUCGCGUCGGCAGCAGUACAUUAAACCCAGCCGACGUCCACUAUAAGAACUCAUCCUAUCCCCGCAAUCUUAUUUCAGCAACGAAGGCAGUCCGCUUUGCAGAAUUCACACUAAAACACCCUCUUCGUGCCCUAGUGCCAAAUUCUCUCCAAGACAUACCCAAUACGCCCACUACAUGACUCUAUUACCGUUCCUCUCGGUGCUGCUAUGGCUCCUCCUGCCGGUCCCGGCUAGGACAGCCGCAGCCGCGCGACCGCCACAUCCCACGAUCACGCCCGCUCCUAAUUUAAAAGACCGCGUGGUUCCGCGCGACUUCGAUCCCGGCAGUUACAUCAACAGCGUUCUAGACGGCUUUGGAAGUGGUGUGUCGAGUUACAUAGCAUCAGGUGUGCCGCAGUUCUUCCAGGACUUACCUAGUGGCGAGGCCGUAGAAAGCUCCUUGGGAAUUGGCGAUGCGGAACUGGCCGCGCAGCCGACCCGGGUUCUCAAUCUGCCAGCAUAUGCGAACUGGACCGAGCAAGGAUGGAAUGUCCGGGUUCAUGGAAAUGUGUAUAAGCAGCCUAAUAUCUCCCAGGAGCGACUCGACGACCUAGCAAACGUCUUCCUGAUCGGUACAGAUAUUGAUGAACUCAGCGAUUCGGAGCAACGGCAGGCCCGCAAUAUGACAGCGUCUAUCUUCGUAGUCCAGCAAGGAAACGUGAACGUUACUAUAUAUUUCGAGAGCAAUGUUGAUGCACUUACAGACGCAAGCGGGGGUGUGAUCAACGCCGAAGGGGGGGCACAAGAAUUAAAUUUGCCCUACCCGACUACUGACCAGGGCGACUUCGACACCUUCGUCACUCUUGAGAAUACGACUGGCACCGGCGGAGGGUAUUUGAUACCUGGGAAUUCAACCUCGUCCAUCCAGGCACUUUACAUGUAUGCCAACGGGACCGAUACGGGAAACGCGACAGCUUAUCUCGUACCGCCCACCGGGUUCACCAUUAUCUCUGACGUCGACGACAUCCUUCGUGUCACAAAGAUAUACGACCCUAAGGAAGGCCUUCUGAACUCCUUUGCCCGGCCAUUUACACCAUGGAUGAAUAUGCCCGAGAUAUACGCCAACUGGUCCACUACCAUCCCCAACUUCCACUUCCAUUAUCUCACCACCACACCGGAACAAGUCACCAGGAACUACAUGGAAUUCAUAUACAACACGUACCCCUUAGGGUCCUUCGAUACACGUCCGCUGAAUUUCUCGGACGUGUCGGCGACGCUUUCGAUCCGUAGGGCGCUCCUCGACGAGAUUUUCCAGACGUUCCCCCAACGCAAAUUCGUGCUCGUAGCCGACACAUCUAAUUCGGAUAUCAUGAGGGACUACCCACAACUCGUGCGGGACUACCCGGGCCAGGUGCAGUGCAUCUUCUUGCGCAAUACGACCGCCACAGACAGCUCGGACCUAUUCCCUUAUGACACCUCGGGGUUUUCUGGGAUCGAUCAGAAGCAGUACAUGUUCUUCGUGACCCCCGACGACCUAAGAAACGUGGAUAUUGUCGGCGGAAAUUGCCAUAACCCUGCUGUCAUCCAGAACACGACAUUUGGGUACCAGGGCCGCGGGUUCGGUAAUGAGGCCUCGAGCGCCCCCUCCCUCAUCCGCCGCAGUAGUUGGAGAGGGAAUUGGAGCAAGAGCCUGCUUGGCUCGUUGCUGGCGCUGAGUCUAUCAAUUUGAUAUCAUGUUCGCGUCGUAGACUAUUAGGAGGCUGGAGUUGAAAACUAGGGAUAGUGGUUCUGCAGUAGCAAUUCGGCGAUGAUGUAUAUACCACGUUCCACGUCGUGAGAUGGGUCAUAAGACGGAUCAGAUAAGAAACUUGUCAAAAUCGGACUUAUUCUCUGUGAGC